UCUUGUUACUUAUGUAUACAUUCUUUGAUAUGAGAUCGAACUAAUUUGUCAGAGGAAACAUUAGAAUUAUUUACACUGAAGUAAUUACAUAUCAUUAUAGAAGAAUAUCGAAUGUGCUUACAUGCUUACAUGUAAAAUUGUACACUAAUCAUCUAGAUUUGAGUAUCAAAGAUGUAAAUUUCUUCAUAAGUACUAGAUAAAUGGUCAAUAGUCUGCACACUGUUCAAAUUUGAUCGAUUAUGGAUGAAGUUCCCUUAAAUCAGAAUAAUUAUUCAAAUACACAUUCUACAUUUAACGUCUCCUGUGUUCUCGGCGCCCGAUUUCUGUCAAAGUAUUCGUUGAUAUUUUGUGGAUAGCUGAUAUCAACUCUUCAGUCGCUUUACGUUAUUAAAUAUGUAACAUACCUUAUAUACCAGUGCUUCUUGAUUUGCUCUUCAUCUCAUAAACACUUUUCACUAAUCUAAACUCCACGUAUAGAGAAUACAAUAAAAACAACGAUGUUCGAAUAAAUACGGUUAUUGUAAAAUCUUUCUAAAAAAUAUAUUGCUGAAAUUUUCGAUGUUUUUGUGAAAAACCAUAGCUAAAUUAGUCACAUAAUUAUCAAAAUAAAAUCUCAAUUACUGUAAAAACUAAUACACUGAGUUAAACAUAUAUUGAACAGUUAGAUGCAACUGGUAACAGCAAUUGAAUUUCUCUGUUGUACCAGUAUACUUAAAUAAUUGAACAAUGCUCUUAUUUCAAGUUUCAUUAUAAUUAUCCACUAUAUUUGACACUCCAUACAGCUAAUAUUCUGUGCCUAUAUCUAUUUCAAUUUAUACUAUCCGGCAUUAAGUGAAAAUAACUUGAUCGUCUAUUGAUUCAUUGAUGAUUUUUUGCAUUAUUUAAUUGAUUAAAUAGAAUAAAAAUGGAAUAUCUAAACUUUUUAUUCGACAUAUCACCACUCGAGAAAAAUAGAUAAUCAAUAGUGAAUCGUUUAAUGGAAACAAAAAUAUCAAACUAUUGAAAAUAUUACAUUAAAUUCAAGUUUAUUAUUUGUGUUUGUGUAAUUUAUUCAAAUUCCAUAUACAAAUGAUCAAAUAAAACCAAUUCAUUUUAACACUUAAACCUUAAAUCAAUUGUAUCAUUGAACAAAACUUCAGGAGUCCCUACAGGGGCUACUGCCUGUCCCAAGCCCGGAUAAAGGAGGAAAUGUUGUUAGAAACUAGUUCUGUUCACGUACAACGCAUUGAUCAUGGUUCAAACUCCGGAUUUAAUCUAACAUUAACAUCAAGCAAUCUACAAAACAUUGGUAAGCAACAUUAUGAAGAUGUGUUCGUCGAAACGGAAAAUUGUAAAAAUGGAAUCCAAACUGGUGAUCAAGUUAUACAAAUUAAUGGUGUAUCAGUUAGAAAUUUGAAACAAGCAAAUGAACUUCUUGAACGAUCUGGUAAAUCCGUCAGUCUUCUAUUACUGAGACCUGUCAAAAUUUCUAAUUCAGACGGUGACAAGUCUUUCUGCAUUCCCAGUAAAAGUGAAUUGAUCAACAAAACCUGUAUAAAAAAUCAAAUUAUCCAAUCAUCUCGAACAUUACCUCACAUGGUUUACACAACACCAGAUCGUCUAAGACAAACGAUUUGGCUACAACAAUAUAUAUUACGAGAAAAAUUAAACUUACUAUCGAAAACAGAUUGUAAUAUUGAUAAUAAUAUUAUUGUCAAACAAAAUAACUCAAAUUUAAAUGUGAAUGAAAAAAAUAUGAGUGAGAAUCAAACUGAGAUUCAUGGUGUAACUGGUUCACCUCAUAAGCUAGAACCAAGAACAUGCAGUACAACACUUACAUCUUGGAGAAUCAGACGAAGUGCAGAUGGAACUCGAUAUAUAACCAAAAAAUACAAAAGACCAUCAGAAUUUUCAAAUUGUAAACCUUUCCGACAGAAUGUGGAUGAUAGACAUCAAAAUGACAAAAAUCUUUCCGUCAGUCGAACCAACUUCUCAUGUUCUGAUAUAUCCGAAAAGCAUAAGAACUCAGAUAUUCAGUCAGAGUCUAUGACAAAUUUCGAAAAUGUAAAUAGUCGUUUACAAUUGUAUCAUUUCAACAACAUCCCAACUGUAAAUAAUGUUACAUCGUCGGAAAGUAACUUGGUAAAACGUUGUGAAAUUAAAUUCGAAAAUACUGAAACUCUUAAGAACAGUAAUAGGACAUAUGACAUACAGUCAAACAUACCCACCUCGAUCUUAAUAAAACCACCAAUUCUGUUUCGACGUAGUCAAUCUACCAGUGUGUCACGUAAAUCUGGUGUACGUUUUGAUACUGAAAAGAAAAAUAUCAAAUUAGUUACAAAUUAUUCUCAUUAUUCAAUGUUGUACAAUAACAAUAAUAACAAUAAACAAAGUAACAAAUUAAAAUUGAAUUCACCUCAAACAUCCGUGUCAGUUGUAACUAUAUGAAACUAAAAAAAAGCAAAUUUGUCUAAUGAAACUAACAUUCACUUGUUCUUUCUUAUUAAUAUGUAACAUGCCUUUUUAGAAAUUACUGGAAUACUUACAAAAUGUCAAAAGCGUAUUGUAAUUUUGUUAAUGAUGAUGAUGAUGUCUAUAAGGUUUCAGUUUUAGAUACUGUAGAAAUAUUUUUCAAUAAGAGCAGUUAUAAAAGUGUAUCAAAAUGUUA